AUGGUCGUGAUCUUGACCUUCCUCGGGAAGGGCGCAGACGGCGCAGAGGUCGGAUCAGUUGCGAAGCCAAUCGUCAGGCGGAAACGCCGCCGGCAGCAAGGAGAAGUUCCAGAUGCCAAGAAAAUUGCCAGACAGGUCGCUGAAAACUUGCUGAGCGAAGACCGACAGGGUGAAGAGGAGGACGAGGCGGCGCACGCUGCAGAAAAACAUAGGAUCAAGGAAGCACGAAAAGCGGAGGCAGAGCGCAAAGCCGAAGAACAGAGAAAAGCGGAGGAAGAGAGAAAAGCGGAGGAGCUUCGGAAGUUGGAGGAAGAGCGGAAAGAGGCACUGCAAAGAUCUCGCGAGAGCCAGUUGGACGGACCAGAACUAGCGCUGAGAGUCGGCGCGGAAUCGGCACAGAAUUUGGUGCCUGGACUACGCCUUUGGCCAGAUUUCCUCAGUGAAGAGGAAGGAAAACGACUGGCGGAAUAUUUGGACCAGAAUGGGCCAUCUUGGAAGAAAGAGCAGUUCGGUGUGCCCACGCUCUACCAUGUAAAACAUUUUGGCGCUUUGGGCUCACUUAGACCUCGGCUAGUUCGAUUGCCAGAUCCGACUCGGGGCGAGUUUGACUUGCCGGAAGAAGGGAUACUGGCAGAGGUGUCUGCAAGAUUAGCCAGUGGAGAGAUGCCGUGGAGCAGCGUGCUCAAAGGUUUUAUCCCCAAUGAGGCAAACGUCAAUGACUACAGCAGAUCUGAAGGCUCCAAGCUUUUAAUGCACUGGGACGACCGUGGCUUAUACGAGGAACCUGUUUGCUCUGUAACAGUGCUGGGAGAGUGCAUCAUGACCUUUCGACCGAGCGGGAGAUCCAACUUCAAAUCUACAUCGGCUGAGGAAGGUGAGGGGCCAUCAGUGCGUUUGCUGGUGCCAGAGCGCUCUCUCCUGGUCCUGAAGGGGGCUGCCAGAUACGAGUGGCAACAUGGAAUUCCGGAGCCAGAGAACUUUCUGUCAGAGCGGCGCGUGGCGAUAAUCUUCCGACGUGUUCGUGGAAUACCAUCAACUGAGUCCAAAUGUGCACAAGCCGAAGAUGCUGCAUUGGAAAAGGGAGGCAAAGGUGCCGAUAUCCGCGCUGGCAAGACACAACAACAUGCCUUGGUCAUCAGCAGCAACUGGCCUGAUCCUGACGUCUCCGCAGCUGGUCGUGUGACAGCUGGACGGUUGCAGAUGUUGCGGCGCUUGUGCGCUGAGGAUGCCUCCGCAUCAAGUGCCGUGACCUUUGCAUCUCCGGCUCGGCCUGGGAAUUCAAAGGGAAAACUGCCGACAGCUUGGACAGCUUGGCACAGGCGCAUCAAGUUAAAUGACGAAGCAUCGGUGAUGUCAGCUCUGGAGGCGGCCGGACAUCCAGAGCUUGUGCUUUUUGAUGGCUUCAACACAGAGGAAAGGUUUGGCCACUAUGUGCACCAAGCUUUGCCCGAUGCAAUGCGAGUUCUCGAUAUGCAGGACUUUCAUGCACUGCGACUAGGCAGGGAACGGCUGAUCGCUGCAGGGGUUGGCGCUACAGCAGUUGCAUCCUUUCGGCCACCUGCAGAUGACGAGGACCUACAACGGGAACUGGCUUCAAUCCACCGCUGUGAUGCCACGCUGGCAAUUUCGGAAGAAGAGCGGACGCUUUUGGUGGAAAGAUAUGGGAUCCCAAGCUGGAAGGUUUGUGCUGCACCCUUCGGCUUUUCCAACAUCUCCGAUGAAAGACCUAGCUUUAGCAGGCGUGACGGUGCGUUGUUCAUUGGGAAUUGGCGGCAUCGACCGAACAGAGACUGUGCACGAUGGUUGGUGAAAGAGGUGUGGCCUUUGGUGCGGCAGGAGGUGCCGGAUGCAGUUCUUAACGUUUAUGGCGCCAACCAGACCCCAGAAGAUGCCGCAUUAGAUGAUCCCGCAUGUGGCGCCCGAGUGAGAGGCUACUGCCGGUCUGUGGAAUCUGCAAUGAAGUCUCACAAGCUGCUUGUUGCCCCUUUGCGCUUUGGUGCUGGUGUAAAGGGCAAAGUUCUUGAGGCAAUGCUGCAUGGCCUUGUCGUGGUCACCACUCCAGUGGGAAUAGAGGGCAUAGCUCCAGAGAGAGAGUUUCCUGGCUAUGUUGUGCAGAAUGGUGGGGAGGACUGA